GGCGCGGCGGCGGCCGCGGAGCGCAGUGACCAUGUGGACGCGCAGUUGAGGCGGCGGCGGGCGCAGCCUCCGGGAGCGGGACGGGGAGCGCCGCCGGAAUGGGGCUGCUGAGCCGUCGAUAGCCCGCUCCGCCGCCUCUGCAGCCAGGGGCAAUAAGCCAGAGAUGACUGACAAGAUGUCGAGCUUCCUUCAUAUUGGAGAUAUUUGUUCUCUCUAUGCAGAGGGCUCAACAAAUGGAUUUAUUAGCACUUUGGGGAAAGAGAAGAAAAUAUGGGAUGCUGCCAGAAAGGAAAGAAGCCUUGUGGAUGAUCGGUGUGUUGUACAGCCAGAAGCAGGUGAUCUUAACAACCCACCCAAAAAAUUCCGAGAUUGCCUGUUCAAGCUGUGUCCCAUGAACCGCUACUCGGCACAGAAGCAGUUCUGGAAGGCAGCAAAGCCAGGAGCCAACAGCACCACGGAUGCUGUGCUGCUCAAUAAACUGCACCAUGCAGCGGAUUUGGAAAAGAAACAGAACGAAACUGAAAACAGAAAACUGCUGGGAACAGUCAUCCAGUAUGGGAACGUCAUCCAGCUGCUUCACUUAAAAAGUAACAAAUACUUAACAGUAAAUAAGAGGCUUCCAGCUCUGCUGGAGAAGAAUGCAAUGAGGGUGACCUUGGACGAAGCUGGAAAUGAGGGAUCCUGGUUCUACAUCCAGCCCUUCUACAAACUGCGCUCCAUCGGGGACAGUGUUGUCAUUGGAGACAAAGUAGUCCUGAAUCCUGUCAAUGCUGGCCAGCCUCUCCACGCCAGUAGCCAUCAGCUUGUGGAUAACCCGGGAUGCAAUGAGGUCAACUCCGUGAACUGCAACACCAGCUGGAAAAUCGUGCUCUUCAUGAAAUGGAGCGACAACAAGGACGACAUCCUCAAAGGGGGGGACGUGGUGAGGCUGUUCCACGCCGAGCAGGAGAAGUUCCUGACGUGCGACGAGCACAGGAAGAAGCAGCACGUGUUCCUCAGGACCACGGGCAGGCAGUCGGCCACGUCUGCCACCAGCUCCAAAGCCCUGUGGGAGGUGGAGGUGGUGCAGCACGACCCCUGCCGAGGGGGGGCCGGCUACUGGAACAGCCUCUUCAGGUUCAAGCACCUGGCCACGGGGCACUACCUGGCAGCAGAGGUAAACCCUGACUAUGAGGAAGAUGACCUGGAGUGUCAAUCCUCACUGGACCCCGAGCAGGACGCGGCGCGGCGGGGCCGGGGCGCCCCGGAGAAGAUGGCCUACUCCCUGGUGUCUGUCCCCGAGGGCAACGACAUCUCCUCCAUCUUCGAGCUGGACCCCACCACGCUGCGCGGGGGAGACAGCCUGGUGCCCAGGAACUCCUAUGUGAGGCUCAGGCACCUCUGCACCAACACCUGGGUUCACAGCACCAACAUCCCUAUUGAUAAAGAGGAGGAGAAGCCCGUGAUGCUGAAAAUUGGGACCUCUCCAGUGAAGGAGGACAAAGAAGCUUUUGCUAUAGUGCCAGUCUCGCCUGCAGAGGUUCGGGACUUGGAUUUUGCAAAUGAUGCAAGUAAAGUUUUGGGUUCCAUUGCUGGCAAGCUGGAAAAGGGAACAAUAACCCAGAAUGAAAGAAGAUCUGUUACCAAACUGUUGGAGGACUUGGUCUACUUUGUUACUGGUGGAACUAAUUCUGGCCAGGACGUCCUUGAGGUGGUGUUUUCUAAACCCAACAGAGAGCGGCAGAAGCUGAUGAGAGAGCAGAAUAUUCUAAAGCAGAUUUUCAAGCUGUUGCAAGCCCCCUUCACGGACAGCGGGGACGGGCCGAUGCUGCGGCUGGAGGAGCUGGGGGACCAGCGCCACGCGCCCUUCAGGCACAUCUGCAGGCUCUGCUACAGGGUGCUCAGGCACUCCCAGCAGGACUACAGGAAGAAUCAGGAAUACAUUGCCAAGCAGUUUGGCUUCAUGCAGAAGCAGAUCGGCUACGACGUCUUGGCCGAGGACACCAUCACAGCCCUGCUCCACAACAACCGCAAGCUCCUGGAGAAGCACAUCACAGCUGCUGAGAUUGACACCUUCGUGAGUCUCGUGAGGAAAAACAGGGAGCCCAGGUUUUUGGAUUACCUCUCGGAUCUGUGCGUUUCCAUGAACAAGUCUAUUCCCGUGACACAGGAGCUGAUCUGCAAAGCCGUGCUGAACCCAGCCAAUGCAGACAUUCUCAUUGAAACCAAGCUGGUGCUGUCCCGGUUCGAGUUCGAGGAGGUGUCGAGCGGGGAGAACGCCCUGGAGGUGGGCGAGGACGAGGAGGAGGUGUGGCUGUUCUGGAGGGACAGCACCAAGGAGAUCCGCAGCAAGAGCAUCCGCGAGCUGGCGCAGGACGCCAAGGAGGGCCAGAAGGAGGAUCGGGACGUGCUCAGCUACUACAGAUACCAGCUGAACCUCUUUGCCCGAAUGUGCCUUGACCGCCAGUACCUGGCCAUCAACGAGAUCUCGGGGCAGCUGGACGUGGACCUGAUCCUGCGCUGCAUGGCCGACGAGAACCUGCCCUACGACCUGCGCGCCUCCUUCUGCCGCCUCAUGCUGCACAUGCACGUGGACAGGGACCCCCAGGAGCAGGUCACCCCCGUCAAGUACGCCCGCCUCUGGUCCGAGAUCCCCUCCGAGAUCGCCAUCGACGACUAUGAUAGCAGUGGAACUUCCAAAGAUGAAAUUAAGGAGAGAUUUGCACAAACAAUGGAAUUUGUAGAGGAAUAUUUAAGAGAUGUGGUGUGUCAGAGGUUCCCUUUCUCUGAUAAAGAGAAAAAUAAACUCACUUUUGAGGUUGUUAACUUAGCCAGAAAUCUGAUAUAUUUUGGUUUCUACAACUUCUGUGACCUCCUCAGACUAACCAAAAUCCUCCUUGCUAUAUUAGACUGUGUGCACAUCACUACCAUCUUCCCUAUUACCAAGAUGGCAAAAGGCGAGGAAAGUAAAGGGAGCAAUGUGAUGAGGUCCAUCCACGGCGUGGGGGAGCUGAUGACCCAGGUGGUGCUCAGGGGCGGGGGGUUCCUGCCCAUGACUCCCCUGGCAGCUGCCCCCGAGGGGAACGUCAAGCAGAGCGAGCCGGAGAAGGAGGACAUCCUGGUCAUGGACACCAAGCUGAAGAUCAUCGAGAUACUCCAGUUUAUUCUGAACGUGCGCUUGGACUACAGGAUCUCCUGCCUGCUCUGUAUAUUCAAACAUGAGUUUGAUGAGAGCAACGCUCAGAUGUCAGAAUCCCCCACUGGAAGCAGCAGUCAGGAAAUGCCAGCUAAUGUACCAGGAACCCUGGACUUUGAGCACAUUGAAGAACAGGCUGAGGGGAUCUUUGGUGGAAGUGAGGAGAACACCCCUCUGGACCUGGAUGAUCACGGGGGCAGGACUUUCCUGCGGGUCCUGCUGCAUUUAACGAUGCAUGAUUACCCUCCCCUGGUGUCUGGUGCCCUGCAGCUGCUCUUCAGGCACUUCAGCCAGAGACAGGAAGUCCUUCAGGCUUUCAAGCAGGUUCAACUGCUCGUUACCAGCCAAGAUGUUGACAACUACAAACAGAUCAAACAAGAUCUGGACCAGCUGAGGUCAAUAGUGGAGAAAUCUGAGCUCUGGGUGUACAAAGGCCAAGGUCCUGAUGAGGCCAUGGACAGUGUGCCAGGUGAAAACGAGCACAAGAAGAAAGAGGAAGGUCACAGCAAGUCUCAAAAGCCUGAAAGUACUAGCAGCUACAACUACCGGGUAGUAAAAGAGAUCCUGCUGCGGCUCAGCAAGCUCUGCGUGCAGGAGGGGGCCUCGGUGAGGAAGAGCAGGAAGCAGCAGCAGCGACUCCUGCGGAACAUGGGGGCUCACGCCGUGGUGCUGGAGCUGCUGCAGAUCCCCUACGAGAAGGCUGAAGACACGAGGAUGCAGGAGAUAAUGAAGCUUGCACACGAGUUCCUGCAGAACUUCUGUGCUGGGAACCAACAGAACCAGGCCUUGCUGCACAAGCACAUAAACCUGUUCCUUAACCCAGGGAUCCUGGAGGCAGUGACAAUGCAGCACAUUUUCAUGAACAACUUCCAGCUCUGCAGCGAGAUCAACGAGCGCGUGGUUCAGCACUUCGUCCACUGCAUCGAGACGCACGGCAGGAACGUGCAGUACAUCAAGUUCCUGCAGACCAUCGUCAAGGCAGAGGGGAAAUUCAUCAAGAAAUGCCAAGAUAUGGUAAUGGCUGAGCUGGUGAAUGCAGGGGAGGAUGUGCUGGUGUUCUACAACGACAGAGCCUCCUUCCAGACCCUGGUGCAGAUGAUGAGGUCAGAGCGGGACCGCAUGGAUGAGAACAGCCCCCUGAUGUACCACAUCCACCUGGUGGAGCUGCUGGCCGUGUGCACCGAGGGCAAGAACGUCUACACAGAGAUCAAAUGCAACUCGCUGCUCCCUCUGGAUGACAUUGUGAGGGUGGUGACCCACGAGGAUUGCAUACCCGAGGUCAAAAUAGCAUACAUCAACUUCUUGAAUCACUGCUAUGUGGACACAGAAGUAGAAAUGAAAGAGAUUUAUACCAGUAAUCACAUGUGGAAGCUGUUUGAGAACUUCCUGGUUGACAUCUGUCGGGCCUGCAACAACACCAGCGACAGGAAGCACGCGGACUCCGUCCUGGAGAAGUACGUGACCGAGAUCGUCAUGAGCAUCGUCACCACCUUCUUCAGCUCCCCCUUCUCCGACCAGAGCACCACCCUGCAGACCCGGCAGCCCGUGUUCGUGCAGCUGCUGCAGGGGGUGUUCCGGGUGUACCACUGCACCUGGCUCCUGCCCAGCCAGAAGGCGUCUGUGGAGAGCUGCAUCCGCGUGCUCUCCGACGUAGCCAAAAGCCGGGCGAUUGCGAUCCCGGUGGACCUGGACAGCCAGGUGAACAACCUGUUCCUGAAAUCCCACAACAUCGUGCAGAAGACGGCCAUGAACUGGCGCAUGACGGCGCGCAACGCCGCGCGCAGGGACUCGGUGCUGGCCGCCUCCAGGGACUACAGGAACAUCAUCGAGAGGCUGCAGGACAUCGUGUCAGCCCUGGAGGAUCGCCUGCGCCCUCUGGUCCAGGCAGAGCUGUCAGUGCUGGUGGAUGUGCUCCACAGGCCCGAGCUGCUCUUCCCAGAGAACACGGAUGCCAGGAGGAAAUGUGAAAGUGGAGGUUUCAUUUGCAAGUUAAUUAAGCACACAAAGCAGCUGCUGGAGGAGAAUGAGGAGAAGCUGUGUAUUAAGGUAUUACAGACGCUCAGGGAAAUGAUGACCAAAGAUAGAGGCUAUGGAGAAAAGGGCGAGGCCCUGCGGCAGGUUCUGGUGAACCGCUACUACGGCAACGUGCGCGCGGCGGGCCGGCGCGAGAGCCUCACCGCCUUCGGCAACGGGCCGCUGUCCGCCGGCGGCCCCGGCAAGGCCGGCCCGGCAGGGGGCAGCUCUGGCUCGAGCUCAAUGAGCCGAGGGGAGAUGAGCCUGGCAGACGUCCAGUGCCACCUGGACAAAGAAGGUGCUUCCAACCUGGUCAUAGAUCUCAUCAUGAAUGCCACCAGCGACAGAGUCUUCCACGAGAGCAUCCUGCUGGCCAUUGCCCUGCUGGAAGGUGGGAACACCACGAUACAGCACUCCUUCUUCUGCCGACUGACAGAAGAUAAGAAAUCUGAGAAGUUCUUUAAGGUUUUUUAUGAUCGCAUGAAAGUGGCACAGCAAGAAAUCAAGGCAACUGUCACAGUCAACACCAGUGACUUAGGAAACAAGAAGAAGGAUGAUGACUCGGACAGAGAUGUCCCCAACAGGAAAAGAGUGAGGGAGCCCAUGACCCAGAUCACCGAGGAGGUGCGGGACCAGCUGCUGGAGGCGUCGGCGGCCACGCGCAAGGCCUACAACACCUACCGCAGAGAGGCCGACCCCGAGGAGCACUACUCAGCUGGAGAGGGGGCCCAGGCUGCUGCAGACAAGAGCAAGGACGAGCUGGAGAUGAGCGCUGUCAUCUCCAUCAUGCAGCCCAUCCUGCGCUUCCUGCAGCUGCUCUGUGAGAACCACAACCGCGACCUGCAGAAUUUCCUGCGCUGCCAGAACAACAAGACAAACUACAACCUGGUGUGUGAGACACUGCAGUUCCUGGACUGCAUCUGUGGCAGCACAACUGGAGGACUUGGACUUCUGGGGCUGUAUAUAAAUGAGAAAAACGUGGCACUGAUCAACCAGACGCUGGAAAGUCUGACUGAAUACUGUCAGGGGCCCUGCCAUGAGAACCAGAACUGCAUUGCUACUCACGAGUCCAACGGCAUUGACAUCAUCACAGCAUUAAUUCUCAAUGACAUCAACCCUCUGGGAAAGAAGAGGAUGGACCUCGUGCUGGAGCUGAAGAACAACGCUUCCAAGCUGCUCCUGGCCAUCAUGGAGAGCAGGCACGACAGUGAGAACGCCGAGAGGAUCCUGUACAACAUGAGGCCCAAGGAGCUGGUGGAAGUGAUCAAGAAGGCGUAUCUGCAGGGAGAGGUGGAGUUUGAGGAUGGGGAGAACGGGGAAGAUGUCGCGGCGUCUCCGAGGAACGUGGGGCACAACAUUUACAUCUUGGCUCAUCAGUUGGCUCGUCACAACAAAGAGCUGCAGAACAUGCUGAAGCCGGGGGGUCAGAUCGAGGGGGACGAGGCGCUGGAGUUCUACGCCAAGCACACGGCGCAGAUCGAGAUUGUCAGGUCGGACCGCACCAUGGAGCAGAUCGUGUUCCCCGUGCCCAGCAUCUGCGAGUUCCUCACCAAGGAGUCCAAGCUGCGCAUCUACUACACCACGGAGAGGGACGAGCAGGGCAGCAAGAUCAACGACUUCUUCCUCAAGUCUGAGGACCUCUUCAACGAGAUGAACUGGCAGAAGAAACUGCGAGCUCAGCCUUUCCUGUACUGGUGUGCUCGGAACAUGUCCUUCUGGAGCAGCAUUUCCUUUAACCUGGCUGUCCUCAUGAACCUGCUCGUGGCAUUUUUCUACCCAUUCAAAGGAAUUCGAGGAGGCACGCUGGAGCCCCACCUGUCUGGCCUGCUGUGGACAGCCAUGCUGAUCUCUCUGGCCAUCGUCAUCGCGCUGCCCAAACCGCACGGCAUCCGCGCCCUCAUCGCCUCCACCAUCCUGCGCCUCAUCUUCUCCGUGGGGCUGCAGCCCACCCUGUUCCUGCUGGGAGCAUUCAAUGUUUGCAAUAAAAUCAUUUUCCUGAUGAGUUUUGUGGGUAACUGCGGAACCUUCACGCGAGGAUACAAGGCCAUGAUCAUGGACGUGGAGUUCCUCUACCACCUGCUGUACCUGCUGAUCUGUGCCCUGGGGCUCUUCGUGCACGAGUUCUUUUACAGCCUCCUGCUCUUCGACCUGGUGUACCGGGAGGAGACGCUGCUCAACGUCAUCAAGAGCGUGACGCGCAACGGGCGCUCCAUCAUCCUCACGGCCGUGCUGGCCCUCAUCCUGGUCUACCUGUUCUCCAUCGUGGGCUACCUCUUCUUCAAGGACGACUUCAUCCUGGAGGUGGACAAGCUCCCCAACGAGACCCUGCUGCCAGAUCGCACAGAGCCGGGUGAGACCAUGACUGGCGAGUUCCUCUACUCAGAUGUGUGCAAGGCAGGGAGCAGUGAGAACUGCUCCUCCAUCAUCUCCUCCGACCAGCUGAUCACUGAGGAGAUGGAGGAAGAGAACAAGGAGCAUACGUGCGAGACGCUGCUGAUGUGCAUUGUUACUGUACUGAGUCACGGGCUCAGGAGCGGGGGUGGAGUAGGUGAUGUGCUCAGGAAACCUUCCAAAGAGGAACCUCUCUUUGCUGCUAGAGUGAUCUAUGAUCUGUUGUUCUUCUUCAUGGUCAUCAUUAUUGUCCUGAACCUGAUUUUUGGGGUGAUCAUUGACACUUUUGCCGAUUUAAGGAGUGAAAAACAGAAGAAAGAAGAGAUUUUAAAAACCACUUGCUUUAUUUGUGGUUUGGAGAGAGAUAAGUUUGACAACAAGACAGUCACCUUUGAGGAGCACAUUAAGGAAGAGCACAACAUGUGGCACUAUCUGUGCUUUAUUGUCUUAGUGAAAGUCAAAGAUUCCACAGAAUACACAGGACCAGAGAGUUAUGUGGCAGAAAUGAUCAAGGAGAGAAACCUGGACUGGUUCCCUCGCAUGAGGGCCAUGUCACUGGUCAGCAGCGACUCGGAGGGAGAGCAGAACGAGCUGAGGAACCUGCAGGAGAAGUUGGAGUCCACCAUGAAGCUCGUGACCAACCUCUCCGGGCAGCUCUCGGAGCUCAAGGAUCAGAUGACAGAGCAGAGGAAGCAGAAGCAGCGCAUCGGUCUCCUUGGCCACCCCCCGCCCGUGAAUGUGAACCUGCAGCAGCAGCCGGCCUGAGCUGGGAGGGUCCGGCCCCUCCGGACCCCCGGAGCACCCCCAGCCCCGAGGCUGCUCCCCGACCCUCCUGUGCAUCCUGUAAAUACCCUGGUUUUAUACUUAGGUGUACAUGACUGCUACUCUGUCGAGCUGGGGGCGCGUGCGUUGUUAGAACUGUUGGCACGGGACAGAGGUUAAACUUUGUGCCAAAACUAUCAAAAUUGCCUUUUCCUUGGAAGGACUAAAGAGAGGACCUGAAUUGCACUUGAAGAGAUUAUUUGACUAUGUGACAUGUAUUUUGUAUUUAAAAAACAAAAGAAUAGAAUAGCUAGUAUUUAUGUUUUUAUACAAUUGUGCAAUAUGAAUUAUGCAAUCACAAUAUAUUUGGAACUCCUGAAUGUCCUAAAGGGAGUGCACAUCUUUGGAUCUGGUGUGUCAGUACAAUGUAAUAAAUGGUAUAAAAUUACAGGUGUAAAUGAGGCUGCUGCAAAAUUGUGUAACUGGUGAUUUUUUCAUACCCUUGGACAUUUUUGUACCAUGUGUGUAAAUAUCUUGCAAUGCCAUAUUUGUUGCCUCUUCCUCCCAGGGAUGAAGCUGGGACUCCAUGAGCUGUUCAAUUGAUAUUGAUUAAAGCAAAACAUUAUUUUGAAGCUUCCGAGUGAGGAAAGCAGGAGGUAUUUUUCAAGAGAUUUCUUUAGAGUACUGAGGCUAGAAGAGCUCCGGGUUUUUUAAAUGCUAAGAUUUCUUAAAGGGAACUUUUUAUGCAAAAUGAAGUUUGGAGUGAGGAUGCACUGCUGGCGAGUCGGUGCAGUCUCCCAGGACCGAGCUGAGGCUGUCCAGGCUUUGCAUUCUCAGCGUGUAGGAUCCUCUCCUUCUAUUUUUUCAUUAGAGACCUACGUGCCUGCUAAAGCUUUAGCAAACAGGCACUGCACCGACUGAAACGUGUCCUGUAGCUGAGCACUGAUGUGUGUAAUGCUUGUGUGAGAGCCACUGGUUUGAGGCUGCUCUGUCCCACCCCUUCCUCUCCCUGUCCCCUUUCAUUCGGUCACUUUCUUUGGUUUCUGAUUCUCCAGAGUGUGAAAGGAAACUUGUCGGGUUGUUGUUUGGUUGGUUUUUUUUUUCCUCCAAUCCGCUGCAUAGUUUUAUACAUGGACCUCAUUUUACAGAAGCUGACUUCUCUGCAAUACUGUCUACAAAAGAAAAAAAAAAGAAAAAAAAGCUACAGACAGAGCUAUGAAAAUUUGUAAAUGCAUAAAUAUAGGUAUUUAAAUAAAUGAUGCAAAAUACUCUA